UGACAGACAAAGAGGGGGGCUGAAGUCGACGAGGUUCGGGUCUAUAAAAGGAGUUCUGCCCCGCGUGUUUGGACCAUAUCGCUCUCUGUCUGAGUCUGGACAACGAGCUGGUUCUUCUUCCUGCUCCUGGUUCUGUCCGCUCGGGUUGACCCGGCUCCACAGACAUCAUGGCACCUGCCCUGUGGAUCACAGCGCUGCUCGCGGCAGCCUUCAUGCUAACUGCGUCAUCAGGCGACAGCAACAACCCUACCUAUAUGGUGACGGUGAGCUCCCGUCUGAGAGGAGGGAAAGAGGAAAUCUUAUGUGCCCAGAUCCAGAAUCCUACAGGGGGCGUCGUUCUGAAUAUUUCUCUAAAUGUGGACUCAACUGACCAUGUCAUCCUGCAGGAGAGCAUCAACAAGGACUUUUACAGCUGCAUAAACUUUCAGGUGCCUGUGGUCCAAACUGAGACUGUGGCAACCAUCCAGAUAUCACUUCAGGGUGUGGGCGCCUCGAUGACCAAUCGCACUAAAGUCUUCAUUGAGCCAUCGGAUCUCAUCCACAUCAUUCAGACUGAUAAACCCAUCUACAAACCUGGACAAACCGUCAAGUUCCGGAUUGCUUCCAUGGAUGCCAACUUCCUCCCAGUACAGCAACUGUUUACAGAAGUGACGCUGCAGGAUCCAAAUUCCAAUCGCAUUGCCCAGUGGUCCAAUGUCGGCAAUGAUACAGAGGACAUGGUUAUCCUUGACUUUUCCCAUCCAACUAUUACUGAGGCACCACAAGGAAUAUAUGUGAUCAACGCUGUGACGGACGAAGGAAAAGUGAUAUCCCACAACUUCGAGAUCAAGGAGUAUGUUUUACCCAAAUAUGAGGUGAACGUUUACCUGCCCAGUGAGAUAACCAUCCUUGAUACAAAUUUCACAAUGAAGAUUUGUGGAAAGUACACAUAUGGAAAACCAGUCCUUGGUAGCAUAAAUGCAGAGAUUUGCAGACAAGCCUUCGGGUUUCUAGAAAUCCCAGGAAACAAUUUGUGCGAAAGCUAUACACAGACGACAGAUAAAAGUGGAUGUGUUACAGAAACUGUGAAUUUGGGCACAUUUUCCCUCAACUCAUAUGGUUACUCUGACAGUUUGGAGAUAAAUGCUGAGUUGGAGGAAUUUGGCACAGGGGUGACUCUUAAAGGCACAGGGACUGUCAGUAUCACCAGUGAGAUGAUGACCAUCUCCUUUGAAGACGUGCCUUCAUCAUACAAGCCUGGCAUUCCAUAUGAAGGAAAGAUCAAAGUGGUUGGUCCAGACAACAAACCUAUUUCUAAUCAGGUGGUCUACUUGUUUGUUGAAAAUGCUAAGAAGCUAACAGUCACCACAGACCUGAAAGGCAUUGUUCUGUUUUCUCUGGACACCACCUUCUGGACGGCCUCCGUGUCUCUGCGGGCUUCAACUACAGAAAGAACAGAAACUGAACCUUUUGUGCCCAACUUAAGAAGACCAGUCUAUGGGACGGCCUACCAGUAUGUGUCCCCUUUUUACUCCAAAAGCAAUAGUUUUUUGGAGCUCAAGCGGGUCGAUGGCGGGUUACCUUGUGACAAAAAUGCAACUUUGAAAGUUCAGUACAUCAUCCAGAAGAACGAGCUGACCGAUAAACGGACGACACUCGACUUCUUUUACCUGGUACUGGCCAAAGGAGUGAUUGUGCGUCAUGAUAGUGUUCCAGUGGCUGUUACAGCAGGAGAUGUCAACAAAGGACAGUUCAGCAUAACUCUUAGUCAAGUGAUAAACCUCGCACCAUUUGCUCAGAUGGUGGUUUAUACUGUGAUGCCAAGUGGAGAGAUAGUGGCUGACAGCCAGGACUUCCCUGUUCAGCUCUGCCUCAAUAACCAGGUAUCCCUGAAGUUUUCUGCCCCCCAGGAGCUUCCAGGAGAGCAAACUACACUGACCCUGAAGGCUCACCGCAAGUCCCUAUGUUCUGUCAGAGCCAUUGACCAGAGCGUCCUGCUGCUGAAACCCGAGGAGGAGAUCACUGUUGACUAUGUGUACAGCCAGCUGCCUGUGCAGAAGUUAUCAGGAUUCCCUUAUGAGGUGGAAGACUCUGAGGCAUUCCCUUGCUUUCCCAGGCCAUGGCCAUUCCCUAGGUUUGAAGUUCCAGCUGCAGCUGGGCCAGAGCCAACACCAAUGCCAACAUCAGGGCCAACGCCAAUGACUAUGCCAGAGCAAACACCAGUGACGACGUCGGGGCCAACACCAAUGACGAUGCCAGAGCAAACACCAGUGACAACGUCGGGGCCAACACCAAUGCUGACGCCAGAGCAAACACCAGUGACAACGUCGGGGCCAACACCAAUGCUGACGCCAGAGCCUACACCAGGGGCUCCAUCAAGACGAAAGCGCUCACCUUUCUUCCCAUCAUCAUAUCAAGAAGACGUCUACAGAAUCUUUAAAAAUAUUGGAGUCAAAAUUGUGACAAACUCUAAUGUGAGGAAACCUUAUGAAUGCUCCUGGCUCAGGUUUGAGAAGAAUUUUGCACAACCAAUGAACGGCUUUGCAAUGCCGCAGAAUGCACCUGCACCUGCAGCACCUGCACCACCUGGAAGUACACAGAAUAAAGAGACCGUCAGAACAUACUUCCCAGAGACCUGGAUCUGGGAUCUGAUCCCUGUCGGAGAAAACGGCUCUGUGGACCUGCAGAAGACGGUCCCUGACACAAUCACUAAGUGGGCAGCUGGAGCAUUCUGCGUCUCCUCUGUGGGCUUCGGAGUGGCGCCAAAUGCCGACCUGACUGCCUUCCAGCCCUUCUUUGUCAGUCUCACCUUGCCCUACUCUGUCAUCAGAGGGGAGGAGUUCACACUCAAGGCCACUGUCUUCAGUUAUCUUUCCCAGUGCAUUACGGUGAAUGCAACUCUAGCGGAGUCUGACCAGUACACAUUUAAAGCCUGCGAUGGCUGCGUGUACAGUGCUUGUGUGUGUGGGGAGGAGACCAGUACCUUCUCAUGGAUUGUAACUCCUACGGCUCUAGGUGAUGUGAGCCUGAAUGUCAGCGCCGAGGCCCUGGAGUCUUCAGAGCUGUGUGGCAAUAAGGUGGCAAUCGUCCCGGAUGUGGGCCGCAAGGACACCGUGAUCAGCACCCUGCUGGUGGAGGCUGAAGGAACCCCCCAGAUGGACAGCUACAACGCUCUGCUGUGUCCUGCAAAGGGAUCAGUGGAGAAGAAUAUUUCUCUGAUUCUGCCGGAGAUGUUCGUUAACGGCUCAGCCAGAGCGACAGUCUCUGUCCUGGGUGACCUGAUGGGCCGUGCCAUGCAGAAUCUGGACAAGCUCCUGGCGAUGCCGUACGGCUGCGGCGAACAAAACAUGCUGCUGUUCGCACCAAACAUCUUUAUCCUCAACUACCUGAACAGCUCCGGUCAGCUGACUCUGGCCAUUUUGGCUAAGGCAAAGGGCUUCCUGGAGAGCGGAUAUCAGAGGGAGCUCAACUACAAGCACACAGACGGUUCUUACAGCGCUUUUGGGAACGGUGACGAGUAUGGAAACACCUGGCUGACUGCUUUUGUGAUGAAGUCCUUCAGUGGUGCGAGUGCAUACAUCUAUGUGGACCCCCAGCAAGUUAAAGAUGCCAGGUCCUGGUUGUCUCGGCUUCAGAGGACAGACGGCUGCAUCGCAUCUGUUGGAAAACUCUUCCAUAGCUCCAUGAAGGGAGGAGUCUCUGAUGAUGUGUCUCUGACGGCGUACGUCGCUGCUGCUAUGUUGGAGCUGGACGGAAGCCCCUCAGACCCUGUGGUGCAGAACUGCCUGAAGUGUCUGAAGGCUGUUGUGGACCAAGGGCUGGACAACCUAUACACCACAGCCCUGCUGUCCUACACCUACAGUCUGGCUGGAGACCAGGAGAUGAGGAAGAAACUCAUCACGCAGCUGAACCAGAAGGCCAUCACCAAGGAAGGCACCAUCCACUGGGAGAGAACGGAAACUUCUGAGAAUGGUCUGGACUCUCUGAAUGUGGAGUUGACCUCCUACGUCUUGCUUGCUCUGCUCACCUCUCCCCCCAUGGAGGGCUUUGGUUUGGAUUACACCUCUGGAAUCGUCCAUUGGCUCGUUCAGCAGCAGAACCCAUAUGGCGGCUUCUCCUCCACACAGGACACAGUGGUGGCCCUCCAGGCUCUGGCAAAAUACGCCGCCGCCACCUACAGCCCACAGGGCACAACUACGGUGAUUGUGACAUCUUUAGGAGGCCUGAACAAAGUGUUCACAGUGAAUCAGGACAAUAGGUUGCUGUACCAGGAGGAGAAGCUUAGCGAAGUGCCCGGAGAGUACAACAUCACAGCUGAGGGCCAGAGCUGUGUGCUGACGCAGAUCUCCAUGUACUACAACAUUCCACCUCCAAAUGACUUCUCUGCCUUCCUCGUCACUACAAGCAUCAUGGCUAAAUGUAACUCUGCACAGCCACAGCUCAUCCUCUUGGUUUUUGUCAGGUAUCAGGGAAGGAGAGAAGAAACCAACAUGGUCAUUGUCAACAUCAAACUUCUGUCUGGAUACGUUCCAGAUCAGGCCUCCAUAAAACAGCUGCAAAGCUACGCCUCUGUGAAGCGAGUGGACGUGGAGAAAGGAUUUAUCAACAUCUACUUGGACGAGAUGAAGAAGGAUAUAAAGCAGGUGUUCAGUGUGACUUUGGAUGAGGAUCAGCAGGUCAGGAACCUGAAACCAGCUGUGGUCAAAGUCUAUGAUUACUACCAGACAGGUGAUCAGGGUGUUACGGAGUACACGUCCCCCUGCGCUGAGAGUGACAACAUCAACGAGGUGUGAAUAAAGAUACGGUACCAGUCUUCUUUCAGAGGAAUCGCUGUCAAACACGUCCACGGGAUUGGUUUGGUUCAUAGACUGUUGCUUCGAAAUCAUACUGUUUUGAACUCUUUUGGUCAGGGUUUAUUGUAGUGUGAAAACCUUUGUCUUAAACUUUCAGGGUUUGAGUGUUUUUGUGUUUAUCUUGUUACAACACUGGAACUUGCACAUAAUUAACUGAAUUUAAGAAGCAGAAACAGCUGCUCUGUAAUGUUUUCUUAAUAGAUUUGACAAAUCCACAUUAUUCAUGCAUGAUGCCAAUAAAAUAGUAUGAUCAAAGUACUGAUUGUGUUUGUCUGAUGGGGUCUACUCUCUGGGGGGGAUACGUUUUAGUCUUAUUGGGGUAUGGUGAGUUGAUCUGUGUAAUGCUGAUGUUGUACCGGUUAAAAUGCAACAUUACCUUAUGGUCUUGAAUGUAGCAAACAAUAAAGUGUCUAAAAUCA